GAGACAUAUACGCAGCAGAGUUGCGCAGUUGUAAUGUGACCAGCGCAGCCAUUACACUUAGACUUGAAUCUUUAUAAACAGUCGGCGAGAUUGAAUCGUCCUAGCAGUUUUCUAAUCAAAAAUAGCCCCAAUAUACCUUUGGUGGCUAAAACAGUUGGCAAAGAUUUAAAAGAUUUUUGUUCUGGAAAGUUACAAGUUAAACUUCACAACCCGGGUUACCGCGCAAAGUUUAGCGUGUUUGCUAGGCACAGCUUUGACGGAUAUUGCAUACGCGGUUUAAUUUAAAUUUAAGUGUAGUAUAAAGAUGGGCACACCUCUCAGAAAUGAGUCGUCUGCAGGAAACUCCGCGCCUUUAUGCGAUGACCUCACAACUGCAACCGACUCGACUGCGAGCUUAUCUUCUGCACGAGUAGUACAGCAGGGAGAACAACUAAAGGCCCAGGCUCCUGUUUUACUCUAUGUUAACAGUCCUAUAUCAUCAUCGCCAUUAGUUACCAACAAAGUCGCUCAUGGUGGUCGAGGAACAGAGGCAGUUUCUACAUCAUCUGAGUUUACCCAUGAUGCCAUCGUACACCUCAUUGAAGCAAUGCAAAGGUGCCGAGAUAUUUAUUGCUCACGUGAGCGUGCCCUUCUCUUCCAGAGUGUUCAGAAAGAGCUGGAGAACCUUGGUCACUCCAUACCUGUAGAGAAGAUUCGCCGUAAAUGGAAUAACCUCCUUGUUACAUACAAGAGGGUUAAAGAUCGAAGCUCAUUGUGUGGAGCCCCCACAAAGACCUCAUGGGAGUACUUUGAUAUGAUGGAUAAUGUUUUAGGGCAGAGCAAUAUUUUUCAGGAAAGCCCUGCUUCAGCCACUCUUAUUGGAUAUGCAACCCCAGCUAAAGCAGGUGCAAAGUCGGAUGUUUGUCCAUCUAUUACAAUGACCACCCCAUGUCUGCUUCCCCCUGGCAUCAUGACUUCACCAUCCCAGAUUCCUACACUGGUGACGUCGCCAAUGCUGUGCAAAGUUACCCCUAAAAUAAACCCUAAUCCCUCUUGUAGCACAGACACAGCCUCCAUCUCAUCUAAGCCUGCUUCACUGAUAAACCGUCAGCCACUGAAACAGAAAUUGAAGCGUCUUCGGCUCAACUCAUUGGCUACACGUGCGGCCCAACAGCAAGGGCAGGCUGGGGAACGCACUUCACUUCUUCGUAAUUUUCUCACCAGUCAAGAAGAGCGUACGCGUUUACAGGAGCAACGUCAGCGCAAGAUAGAUGCACGAGAGCGACGCAAGGAGAAAACCGCACGUGCCAUGGCCGAUGCAAUAGGAACGAUGGCAACGGCAGUGGAGUUGAUCUCAUCCAAGCAGGAUACCAUUAUUGCUCUACUUCAGAGACUGGCUGAUAAGCAUUAAGGGGGGAAAUGACCCUCCUGUUUCUCUUUUGCUAAUAUUAUCUUUAUAACAGAAUUAAAUUAAAUUUCAUUUUAAUUUUACUUAGUGUAUAAAUGCUGUCUAAUUCUUAAGUAUACAUAGUUGAUUUGUAAUCUUGUUUCUAAAGUUUGAGGUACUACUGUUAAACAAAUCUUAUUACAUAUCCUUUCUAUUUCAUUAACAAUACAUCAUCUGGAAAACACGAUUAGAAUUGAAACUCAACACAUUCUCAGUAAUACAGUCAUUAUUGCUCACUUUUCAGUAUACAAUUUCAAAUAAAGAACAAGAUGACGUUUGAA